AUGAUGUCUUCCACUCAGUCGCACUCCUUUAAUCCCUCGGGUGCUACCCGCUCCGCUGGUCUCAACCUUGACCACCACCCCCUCGACCCGCUCUCCGCCCAGGAGAUCGCCGCUGUCUCGCUCGUUGUGCGCAGCCACUUUGCCGCCCGCACCUCGGUCAAGGCCAUCAAGUUCUGCAGCUCCAUCCUCAUCCCGCCCCCCAAGGCUGCCGUCCUCUACGCGCUCGGCCUCCCGCUCCCGCGCGACUCCAACCUCGACGACCGCAAGGCGCUCCAGCUCCUCAACCGCAGGGCUGAGGUCCAGCUGAUCGACGUCGUCACUGGCGACACCUACGAGGUCAACGUCGCUCUCGCCAACGACCUCCCCCUCCCCGGCCGCGAUGGCAAGUACGCCCCUUCCUCCGCAGACGCCCUCGGCAAGGUGGAGUCCAUCAAGAAGCUUGACAUCGGCCUGCAGCCAAUUCUCACUCCCGAGGAGGUCAACGAGGCUGAGGAGAUCCUCCGUGCCGACCCACGCAUCGUCGCCAUCGCCCGAGAGGUCGGCAUCGAGCCCGAGAACCUCUGGGCAGACGGCUGGUCCAUCGGCUACGAUGACCGCUUCGACAAGAGCCUCCGCGUACAGCAGUGCCUCGUCUACGCCCGCAAGAGCGAGCACGAGAACCUCUACGCCCACCCCAUGGACUUCUACCCCGUCAUCGACUGCAACGCCGGCAAGGUCAUCGCCAUCGACUUCCCCGGUCACCGCGACCCAGUCACGGGCAAGCUCUCCACGCCCAACGCCUCCACCAAGCCUGGCCCCAUCACCAUGGACAGGGAUGAGGCACUUGCCUACUCCGGCCGCAAGCGCAUCCCGCCCCCCAUGGAGUCGUUCGACUACCUGCCCGAGCUCAUGGCGCAGGACCCCAAGAUGCCUCCGCUGCGCACCGACCUCAAGCCUCUGCACGUCGUUCAGCCCGAGGGCGUGAGCUUCAAGCUCAACGGCAACGAGCUCGAGUGGCAGAAGUGGAAGAUGCACAUCGGCUUCCACCCUCGCGAUGGCCUCAUCAUCUCCACCGUCAGCUACAACGACCGUGGCAACGUCAGGCCCAUCGUCUACCGCAUGUCGGUCGCAGAGAUGGUUGUGCCUUACGCUUCCACCGAGCACCCGCACCCGCGCAAGUUCGCCUUUGACGUCGGAGAGUACGGCAUGGGCACGCUCGCCAACAGUCUCAAGCUUGGAUGCGACUGCCUCGGCACCAUCCACUACCUUGACGGUCACUACGUCGCUCUCGACGGCUCGCCUACCGCGGUCGAGAACGCCAUCUGCAUCCAUGAGGAGGAUGCCGGCAUCGCGUGGAAGCACACCGACUACCGCCCUGGCGGAAAGGUUCGCUCGGCACGAGGCAGGAAGCUCGUCAUCCAGAUGAUCUGCACCAUCGCCAACUACGAGUACAUCUUUGCCUACAUGUUCCACACCGACGGCAGCAUCCAGCUCGAGACCAAGCUCUCGGGUAUCCUCAACCUCUACGUCAAGGACCAGGACGAGCCCAACCCAUAUGGUGUCGAGGUGGCGCCGCAGGUCAACGCACACUACCACCAGCACCUCUUUGCGCUCAAGAUCGACCCCAUGGUCGACGGUUGCGAGAACACGGUGAUUCAGACGGAUUGCGAGCCGACUCCGGCACCAACCGGCUCGGAUCGCAACUACCUCGGCAACGGCUUUGUCACGGUCAAGACGCCCAUCAACGUCUCUGGCGGCUAUGACUGGGACUGGUCGCGCCACCGCACCUGGGCCAUCUACAAUACCAACAAGCAGCACUACUCGGCCGGUCUGCCCGUGGGCUACAAGAUCCACACGCGCGACUGGGAGCCUCUGGCGCUGCAGAGCGACUCGAUGGUGGCGCAGCGCGCCGAGUUCACCAAGCACGCGCUCUGGGUGACCAAGUUCAACGAGGAGCAGCUGUGGCCUGCGGGCAAGUACGUGCCUCAGCAGCGCGGUACUGCGCCCGACUCGCUCGGCAACUGGGCCAAGGAGAAGAACAAGGUCGAUGACGAGGAGAUCACUGUGCAUGCCAUCUACGGUAUCACGCACAUCCCACAUGCCGAGCAGUUCCCCGUGAUGCCCGUCGAGCACCUCAACGUGUGGCUCAAGCCCGCCAACUUCUUCGACUUUAACCCUGCCCAGGACCUGCCUGCGCUCAACGACCCGUUCUCGCGCAGCGCCUUUGGCAGCAACGAGGGCAAGCCCAAGCUCGAGGUGGCCACCAAGCCUUCUCCCAUGACGCCGGGCAAUGCUCAGUCGAAUUCGACCGGCGGCUGCUGCGCCAGCAAGAACAAGUCCAGCGUCUCUGUUCCGCAACCUAGACACGGCAUUAGCCUCUCGGCUCCCUCGGGCGCAUCCGGAAUCGCUUCGGCGAGCCACCCGAAGAACUGCGCUUGCUGCGCAAAUGACGGUUCCAGCCGUCUCUGA